AUGGCCCUAACCCUCAAGUCAUCUGUACGCCUCUCCUCAGGUUAUACUAUGCCCCUCCUGGGCCUCGGGGUUUACCAGAACAGCGACUGCUCGCCGGCCUGCCUGGCUGCCUUGAACCACGGCUACAGGCUCAUCGACUCCGCACGCGUGUACGGAAACGAGGUAGACGUCGGCCGGGCAGUACGGGAAAGCGGUGUGCCGAGGGGCGAUGUCUUUGUCACCUCGAAAGUUAUUAACUCUGAGCACGGUUUCGAGAGUUCCAUCAGGGCGGUCGACAGUUCGCUGCAACGCUUCGGCUUCGACUAUAUCGACCUGUUCCUGAUCCACGAUCCGCUCUCAGGCAAGCAGAGACGUCUCGAGACCUGGAGAGCAUUGCUCGAGGCGAAGAAAGCGGGCAAGCUUAGGACUGUCGGUGUCUCUAAUUUUGGCGUAAAGCACCUCGAGGAGAUCCGCGAAGCCGGCUUGGAGACGCCCGCCAUCAACCAGAUCGAGCUGCAACCUUUCUGCCAGCAGAAGGACAUCGUCGAGUAUUGUAACAAGCACGGGAUCUUCGUCCAGGCGUACUGCCCGCUCGUGCGCGGACGGUUUGACAAUCCGGUGCUGCAGGAGGUAGCUAAGAAGUACAACAAGGAGGUCGCCCAGGUCCUCGUCCGGUGGUCCCUUCAGCGAGGAUUCAGCCCGCUCCCGAAGUCAUCUCAGCCCACCCGCGUCGUCUCGAAUGCGGACCUGUAUGACUUUGAGAUCUCCGCGGAGGACAUGGCGAAGAUUGACGCGCUUGACCAAGGGAAGAAGGGCGCGAUCAGUUGGAACCCUGUGGAUGCUGAUUGA